GAGUCGGAUUUGGGGCUGUGUGUGUGUGUUUGUGUGUGUGCAUGUGCUGCCAUAGGGGCUGGCUGCUCUAUCUCUAACUUUUUCUCAGGAAUUUCUUGUAGCUGACUGGUGAGACAUUGUGGAGUUGUUGGGUCCCUGGCUAGCCAGACCACCUUUACAAUGGCUAGCUGCUUUGGUGUCUUCAAGCUAGCUUUCCUUUUGCAACUGCUGUGUUUAUCGCUGGCACAAGUGCUCGGUCCACCAGGUGAACCAGGCGCAAAGGGUCCCCCAGGCCCAUCAGGGACCCCGGGAUCUGAUGGCAUAGAUGGUGAAAAAGGCCCACCAGGACCACCUGGCCCAGCUGGUGCAAAAGGCGAGCCAGGCCAACCAGGUCCAGAUGGCCCUCCUGGAGAACCAGGGAUAGAUGGUGUGAUCGGUGUCAAGGGAGACAGGGGCCGACCCGGAAAUCCAGGACCAAAGGGACAACCUGGUCCUGUGGGAAAGCCUGGUCUUGCUGGACCCAGUUUACCAGGACUUCCAGGUCCUCCUGGUCCAAUAGGAUUACCUGGCAAAAUUGGUGUUCAAGGGAUCAAGGGAAUGAUGGGACCCGCUGGACCACCAGGAAUUCCAGGCCCACCAGGAAAACCUGGCCCACCUGGCAAAUUCCAUGGAGAGGAGGGCAGUGCUGAUUUUCAGUGCCCAUCAAAUUGUCCAGCUGGACCAAAGGGACCCCAAGGCCUGCAAGGACUGAAGGGACACAAAGGCCGGCCGGGAACUUUUGGUGAUUCAGGUGAUAUAGGAAACACUGGUUCCAAGGGAGAUGUAGGAAUUUCUGGAGAACAAGGAAUCCCAGGCCCUCCAGGUCCUCAAGGAUUGAGAGGAUACCCCGGAAUGGUGGGACCAAAAGGAGAAGCUGGUCCCCGUGGAUAUAAGGGUAUGCCAGGACCUGUUGGCAUUCCUGGACUCCCAGGUGAAGAAGGACCCAAGGGCCCACCGGGAGAGGCUGGUGAAAAAGGAGAUCAUGGUUCCCGUGGAAUUAGAGGACUACAAGGACCCGUUGGCCUAAAAGGAGAAAAUGGCCUUCCGGGAAUUGAUGGAAAAGAUGGUGCGCCUGGAAUACCUGGUAUGAAGGGUGCACCUGGACAACCGGGAAUACCAGGACCCCCAGGUCAUCAGGGGGCAGCUGGCUUGCCGGGUAGUCCAGGAAUUAAGGGUGGUCCUGGUGACAAGGGUGAGCCUGGACCACGUGGAAUUCAAGGGUUAUCAGGAGCAUCUGGACCUCAGGGUGAACCAGGUAUACCUGGUGAGGCUGGCAUGGAAGGAGUCCCUGGUGCAAAAGGUGACAGGGGGCAAAGGGGUCCUGUCGGUCCUCCAGGUCUAGCUGGUAAAGUAGGUGUAAAAGGUGAACGUGGUCCUAUGGGAAUACCAGGACCUCAAGGACUGCCUGGGGUGAAAGGUGAUAAAGGUUUUCAAGGAAAAGUAGGACCAAAAGGGGAUUUUGGAGAUCCUGGAGUUGAAGGUCUUGCUGGAGAAAAAGGGGAAAAGGGACUGUCUGGUGAACCAGGACCAAAAGGGCAGCAAGGUGUGCGGGGUGAUCCUGGGUACAAUGGACCAACAGGAGAUCCUGGCAAGCCUGGAGAACGGGGACCCCCUGGCCUUCCAGGGCCUAGAGGACUUUAUGGAGAAAGGGGUGUGCCUGGAAUGCCCGGGAGACAAGGUGCAUCAGGCAGAGAUGCAAGUGAUCAACACAUCAUCGAAGUUGUUCUUAAAAUGCUUCAGGAACAACUGGCUGCCGUCGCAGUGAGUGCUAAACGGGCUGCACUGGGAGGAGCAGGUGUGAUGGGACCUCCAGGACCACCAGGCCCCCCAGGGUCUCCAGGAGAGCAAGGGUCUCAUGGCCUUCCAGGACCCAGAGGAAUACCAGGCAUGAUAGGGUCUGUUGGACAAAUUGGAAACACUGGAUUCAAAGGUAAGAGAGGACCAAAGGGUGAAAGAGGUGAUCCAGGACGUGCACACCAGGGCCAACCAGGACCUCCUGGCAUACCAGGUCCACCUGGCAUUGAUGGGUACGGAAGAGAUGGCAAACAUGGGGAGACUGGUGCACAGGGUAUCCCCGGAGAGCCUGGGCGCCCAGGGGCAGUGGGACCUCCUGGUCUUCCGGGAUUCUGUGAGGCAGCUGCUUGUCUUGCAGCCUCAGCUUAUGCGCCUGCACGUCUGAGUGAAGCCGGUGCGAUCAAAGGACCAUCCAAGUAAUUGUUCAGAAAACAAAAAAAGGGUCACCACCAAAAGCAGUGAGGCAGGAAGCUGUGGAGAUGUGGCCAAUCUAGUCCGUGGUGCAGACCUUCUCCAGCACCUGCUCACAAAAGAUGGAAUAAACCUGGAAUGGAAUGGACUACACAAUUCUUAAAAUUAAAAAGACUGUUGCGUUAAUAAUCAAGUACUGGUGCUUUUUAAAUCAUGGCCACUGUAUUUUUAUUUUCUUUUCUACGUAACAAAUUGAUUAUUUUUAAAGUCAUAACCAGUCAUAAAGUCUUUCCUACCACCAACCCUCCUUACAAAGCACAUGUAUGAAAGAGUCAUAAAAUAAACCUUUGGAAAAUGUUACGGAAAUCUUGUAAGAUUUGUUAAUAAUUACCUCCAGUUGUUUGCUUGUACAAAACGCUGCCUUUCUGUUCAGCUCUUUGUCUUUUCCUUCUCCUCAUUUGUGACUUGCCGUUGUUGUAUUCCUUUAACCUUUCUUUACUUGAAAAGAACAAACACAAGCAAAACCAAAGCCUGCUUUCAAAUCGCACUCUGUGAUCCAUUGUUGUAAAUCUUUUUGUAAAUUUGUGAUUUAAAAUAUAUUGGAAAAUGGGUUGUUAGCACAAUUAAAUAAAGGUACAAUGUUACUGAACUUAAUCAGCGUUCAUUAAAUUUCAACAAUGAUGCGGUCUGUCUGCCUGUCCAAAGUGAGCCUGCAUUGAAAAGCCUCAUCGGUGAAAUGGAUUUGCGAGAAAAAUCCAAAUGCAGCGGCUGAUUGCCAGAACCCAUGAUCCUGAUUAACUUCAUUAAUGGACAUUAUUUAUUACUUUGAAAGCUUCUCAUCACUUUUUGACUGUAAAGACAGGAAAAUUUGUUGACAUUCACUGUUGGUUGUACAAUUUCACAGGCCGAGUUAAUAAAAGGACACUUUUGUAAAAGCUAAUGUUCCUCUGUAUCUAAUGGAGAUUGUGUAUGAAAAGCAUUAAUCCAUGACAUAGACACAUGCUGCUUUCUUCUUUUUCUAUCUCUAAUAAAAUCUGUACACACAAUA